UAUUUUGUUAUGGUCUGGACCGGAAGGGAGCGGUGGGACCAACACGAGCCGAUUGAAAAUAUGGCGUUAGGAGAUGCCUGGAAACAAUUAUCUUGGUUUUAUUACCAAUAUUUGCUCGUAACAGCCCUGUAUAUGUUGGAGCCUUGGGAGAGAACUAUCUUCAACUCUCUCCUGAUCACGGUGGCAGCGAUGGCCGUCUACACCGGUUAUGUGUUCAUGCCUCAGCACAUUAUGGCCAUAUUACACUAUUUUGAAGUGGUGCAGUGACGUCAGCGGCGGGGAUCUUCCGGGAUGCUCGCGACCUCCACUCGGUGGCCAGGAAGAGAAAACCCCUCGACCCGCUCACCGAGAUGUGUGUGUGUGAUUUACUUCGAAGGAGGACACUAACUGUGUAAUUAUGUGUGAAGAGCACAGUCUGCAUCUGCUGAAGCACACACUGCCCUUGCUAGAAAUAAGUCCUUUUUAUAUAUAUAUAUGUAUAGUAUGACUUUUUUUUCCUUUUAAAUAACGAUUCUUGUUUUGUUCACGGGAUAAAUAUUUUUUGAUAUAAAUGUGUAUAUUUAAUUGUAUACAUAUUUGUAAAGUUUUAUAGAGAUUUAUUUUGGCUGACCCGAGGCGACCCGGUUUUGCCGUAGCGGACUAAUGAAUUAUUGAUACCGUUUUUUGUCACCGACCGGAAAUCUAUUUUUAUCAGACCCUUGUGAGUCGUGUGGUAAAUAAUUACCUGUGUGAUGUCAUUGUUGAUACUUCAGAACUGGUUGCUCAGGUCAUAAACUGAAAAAAUAAAAAUGCUUAAAUAAACUAUCUUCAAUCCA